UUCAAUCGUGAAGCCAAUUGACUGUUGCAGGCUCGGUAUGUGGCGCAUGAGUAUGCGUUUCGGGAUGUAACGACUGUCUUCUCGGAGUAGCGAUACUGAAUUAAAACACAUUUUAUAUAUAUAUAUAAAAAUAUAUACACCCGGGGGAGGACUCACAAGAAAGAAAACCCCGAGGAGAGCAGGCAAGGACCAGAGGGAGUUUACGACAGCACGGAGUGGAGGGAGACACGGGAGCGUGGCAGGAGGGACGCUCGAGCCAAUCCGACCGACACCGCACGCAGAAAUGGCGGAGCACCACGCAGCCAGCGACGGCAAGCACAAAGCGUCCGCUAAUGCCGGGGGCUCGGUGCACGGGAACAGCAGACCCGGCGCCGCGGGAGGAGGUGGAGGAGGAGGUGGAGGGGGUAAAGGAGGCCUGUCUGGCGGACUGACACAGCCAGCUGGGUGGCAGUCUUUGCUCUCCUUUAGUAUUCUCUUUUUGGCCUGUCUGGCGGGAUUCAGCUCCAGACUUUUCGCGGUGAUCCGGUUCGAGAGCAUCAUCCACGAGUUUGAUCCAUGGUUCAACUACAGAUCAACGCACCACCUCACCACAAAUGGCUUCUUCGAGUUCCUCAACUGGUUUGAUGAAAGGGCCUGGUAUCCCCUGGGCAGGAUCGUUGGUGGCACAGUAUACCCAGGGUUAAUGGUGACUGCCGGCCUCAUCCACUACGUGCUCAACCUGCUCCACAUUACAGUCCACAUCCGUGACGUGUGUGUCUUUCUUGCACCGGUGUUCAGUGGUCUGACCGCCAUCUCCACCUUCCUGUUGACCCGGGAGCUGUGGAACCAGGGUGCAGGGCUGCUGGCAGCCUGCUUCAUUGCCAUUGUCCCUGGCUAUAUCUCCCGCUCCGUCGCAGGCUCUUUUGACAAUGAGGGCAUCGCCAUCUUUGCCCUGCAAUUCACCUACUACCUCUGGGUGAAAUCGGUGAAGACAGGCUCGGUAUUCUGGACCAUCGGCUGUUGUCUCUCCUAUUUCUACAUGGUGUCAGCAUGGGGAGGUUACGUGUUUAUUAUCAACCUGAUUCCUCUGCAUGUGUUUGUGCUGCUGCUGAUGCAACGCUACAGCAGAAGAGUCUACAUCGCUUACAGCACUUUCUACAUUGUGGGUCUCAUACUGUCGAUGCAGAUCCCUUUCGUCGGCUUCCAGCCAAUCAGGACCAGCGAGCACAUGGCUGCUGCUGGUGUGUUUGCACUGCUCCAGGCCUACGCCUUCCUGCAGUACCUGAAAGACAGGCUGACCAGACAAGAGUUCCAGACGCUUUUCUUCCUCGGGGUCUCUCUUGCUGCUGGCGUGGUCUUCCUCACAGUAAUUUAUCUCACAUACACAGGAUAUAUUGCUCCGUGGAGUGGUCGUUUCUACUCUCUCUGGGACACCGGCUAUGCUAAGAUCCACAUCCCCAUCAUAGCGUCGGUGUCAGAGCACCAGCCGACGACGUGGGUCUCUUUCUUCUUCGACCUCCACAUCCUGGUCUGCACGUUCCCAGCAGGCCUCUGGUUCUGUAUAAAGAACAUCAACGAUGAACGAGUGUUUGUGGCCCUGUACGCCAUCAGUGCGGUCUAUUUUGCGGGUGUGAUGGUGCGACUGAUGCUGACACUGACCCCGGUGGUGUGCAUGCUCUCUGCGGUGGCUUUUUCCAGUGUCUUUGAGCAUUACAUGGGAGAUGACACAAAGAGGGAGAAGCCCCCUGCUGAAGACAGCAGCGACGAGGACGACAAGAGGAACUCUGGGAACCUUUAUGACAAGGCUGGCAAGGUGCGCAAGCAUGUGUCAGAGCAGGAGAAGGCCGAGGAGGGUUUGGGUCCAAACGUCAAGUCAAUCGUCACCAUGCUGAUGCUGAUGCUGUUGAUGAUGUUUGCCGUCCACUGCACCUGGGUCACCAGCAACGCCUACUCAAGUCCCAGCGUAGUGCUCGCCUCGUACAACCACGACGGGACGCGUAACAUCCUGGAUGAUUUCAGGGAGGCCUACUACUGGUUGAGACAGAAUACGGACGAGCAUGCACGCGUCAUGUCGUGGUGGGACUACGGCUAUCAAAUAGCUGGCAUGGCCAACAGGACGACACUAGUAGAUAAUAACACAUGGAACAACAGUCAUAUAGCACUGGUUGGGAAGGCCAUGUCGUCAAACGAGAGUGCAGCCUACCAAAUCAUGAGGUCACUGGACGUGGACUACGUUCUGAUCAUAUUCGGCGGUGUAAUCGGCUACUCAGGAGACGAUAUAAACAAGUUCCUGUGGAUGGUGAGGAUAGCGGAGGGAGAGCACCCAAAGGACAUCAGGGAGAGUGACUACUUCACCCCUCAGGGAGAGUUCAGAGUGGACAAGGCUGGUUCACCAACGCUGCUCAACUGCCUCAUGUACAAGAUGUCCUAUUAUCGAUUUGGUGAAAUGCAGCUGGACUUCCGGACGCCUCCUGGCUUCGACCGAACACGCAACGCCGAGAUCGGCAACAAGGAUAUUAAGUUCAAGCACCUGGAAGAGGCGUUUACCUCAGAGCACUGGUUGGUUAGGAUCUACAAGGUCAAGAAUCUGGACAACAGAGAACCGCUGGACCACAAGCUUCGCAGUGUAGUCCCCAAGCAGAAGUACACCUCCAAAAAGACUGCCAAGAGGAAGCGAGGACACAUCAAGAACAAGCUUGCCUUGAGGAAAGGCAAGAAACUGCAAAAAAAGUAAUGAUGAUGAUGACGAACUCUUCUAGGAAAACAAACAAAUGCGAAGAAACCUCGAACAACCAAUGAAGAAGAACAAAGGGGCCGUUUAUCUUGCACUUGGUCUCAAGCGCUUCUCAUUAGAGCUCCCCCGUGUGUUGAGGAAGUUAAAGUGUCAUAUCUGGCUAGCUCCAGAACUGUUGUGCGUUUUAUCCUGAGGAUCUUUGUCUUGUUUAUUUUCUCCUGUUUUUUUU